AUAACGUUAUGAUAAUUUUCCACUUUUGGUCUUAACCGUCGCUAUUGUUUAUCUAGCCGAAAUCAAGACCCCGAAACCCCAACGAUCAGCCGCAACCCACUGAUCCUCAAAUCAAUCAUCGUGCGGUAACAUUCCGAAAAGGGUAGCUCAAUUUUGAUGCGACAUAUGCUCAUUAAUGAACCCUCUAUAUCGUUACUCUUUAAGUAUAAAAAUUGGAUUGCACACCAACUGUUCGACAAAAGUCCAGCUUCCCUCCUUUUGAAUUUCUUCAAAUGAUUCACAUCCAAUCUAUAUAUUUCGCCUCUUUAAGGAUUAAAGUUCGCUUCUUUCGAUUUAUUGGUGUCAACCUUAUGAUUUGCACAUACAAAAUGUCAGUUUCUGACAGUAAUGUAGCUUUUGACAAGUGAUUUUCUUGUAUUAUACAAUGGGUUUACUGAUAAAAUUCUAUUGUAUUAAUAUUGCACGUAGAAGUAGCCUACAACGAACCCAUCGUUUCGGGUUGCCUGCAUUCCAGUUUUCAUCACACCAUUUUGGAAAUACAUGUAUGGCUUUGAAUCUUCAUGCUCACAACUUUGCCACUAAGUCUUCAGAGAAUGCGGUCUCGCUUUACCUAGAGCGAGCAAGGCUCAUAGAUCGAAUACGUAUUGUUCUAAGAACCGAGUCCAAAGAAUCACUUGUUUCAAUCUUGAAUGAUCAUGCGCUGGACUCUUUUGUAGUCACCAAUGCACUUAAAUCUGCUCCAUCACCCGACUCGGCUCUUUUCUUGAUUGAAACUCUCAAAAAUUUUCCAAGUUUUACUCAUAAUCAAAACACCCUUUACGCGUUGGCGAAAGUACUUGCGAAAGCGCGUCAAACUGGAAGGCUGAAGGCCCUUGUAAAUGGUAUAAACUCGGGGAAAUUCAGGAAUGUCGCUCGUGUCAGUUUUAUGGAUCAGAUGAAGUUAUAUGCUGCUGCAGGUGAUCUUGAUUCGGUUCUUAAUGUGUGGCAUGAGUGGAAAAGCUCCCAAAAGUUCCCGAACGUUGAGUCAUAUAACAUCAUCAUGAACCUCUGCGCACAAACGGGCAAGGAUUAUGAGGCCGUUAAGACGUUCCGUAGAUUGAUCGAUGAAGGAGGGGUUCCUAAUUCUAGAACAUACACCGUAGUUAUCGAACAUCUUGUGAAUUCCGGAAACUUAGAUUCCGCAAUGAAAGUGUUUAACAUGUUACCGUUGAUGGGUGUGAAACACACGUUAAGGCAGUACGCUGUUCUGGUUGAUGCAUUUUGCGGUGCUGAUCGGUUUGAUACGGUUAAAAGUUUGCUUAGUCAAAUGCAAGUGGAUGGAAUCUUUCCUACCCGAGUGAUGCUCUCGUCACUGCAACGAAUGCAUGAUGCAGGAUUUGUGGAAGAAACGUUAGAACUGAUUAAAGAAAUGUUGCCUGAUAAGAGGAUUGAAAAUGUGAAAUCGUCUUUUGAUGAUGAUGGUGAUGGUGAUGAUAAUGAUAAUGAUGAUGAUGAUGAUGAGGUGGAUGGAGUGAAGCUAAGACCGUGGUUUGACCCGAUCGUGUUAGCUAGUUCUCUUCGUUUUUGGAGACCCGAAGAAGUGUCAGUGCUCGAGGAUGCAAAGUUCGUUUGGACAACACGCGUGGUUUCAAAGAUGAUAAGGAGCUUUGGUUCUGCUGAGUCAGCAUGGGAUUUCUACUGUUGGGUUGCGAAUCAACCGGGAUUCCGUCAUGAUGUUCAUACGAUAUCUAAGAUGCUUACCAAUUUAGCUCGUGAAGGACAUGUUAAUAUAGUUGAACAACUCAUAUUUGAAACUAAAAGCGAAAACAUUCAACUAUCAUAUACUACUGUAAGAACGAUCAUUGAUUACUAUGGCCUUUCAAAGAACGGUGAAGCUGCAUUGACGGUUUUUAAAAACGUUAAAUCCCUUUGCGGUACAUUGUCAAAACAACGACUUUUGUCUCUAUAUUCAUCUAUUUUGAAAACAUUAGUCAAGUGUAAAAUGGACUCAAAGAUCUUGGAUACGUUAGACGAGAUGAUUUUAUCCGGAAUUAUUCCCGACAUCCAAACCUUUUCUUCGUUGAUGCGCCAUUUUGCAGUUACGGGGGACAUUAAAACGGUUCAGAGGCUGUUUGGGAUGGUCAAACAGAGUGGUAUAGAACCAGAUGAUUAUAUGUUUAAGGUUUUAAUAACUGCUUACUGCAACUCCAAUAGAGCUGUUUUAGCUUUUAGAGCUAUUGAAGAUAUGAAAACGUUUAAUCGGAAGCUUGAUGUUUCUACGAAGCGUUUGCUUGUGAAGAGUUUGUGGAAAGAAGGCAAGUUUAGGGAGGCUGCAGAUGUUGAAGAAACAAGUGCCGAAACUAAUGAUGUUUUUAAGGUUAAGUUACAUGGUAAGUCGCGUACCACGCUUGCUGCAGAUGUACAGAGAGUUUAUUUAGUUUAUUCUGGUAGUUUUCCAACUAUCAGUGACAACAAAGAUCAUUGUUAAGUGGAACUUUUGUGCUACUUAUGUAAUGGGCCGGAGCUUAUCCGGACCUAAACCCAAACGUUGAGCCCGAUCCGGAGAUAUGUCAUCAAUCAUUCACAAGAUCUCAACCAAUGACACCAACUAACAUAAGUUCCUUUUAAUGGUCUAUCCAUAAAUUCAUAAAGUUGGUAAUUGUUACAGCCUAUUAAUAGUUAUAACUCACACUAGACUCAGGACCACAAUAAUGGUAACACCUUUCUUUUUCCAAUCUACAAGUUAUUGUACGACAUAGAAAUCAUGGUUACAUUAUUUUAUAAACCUUUAUAUCAUGCAGUCAAA